AUACAGUGAAACUCCAGCAGCAGGAGAAGUUCUCUACAGGAAGCCGGGCGGAGAAUGAGAGAAUGAGAGAUUAAGAGAAUGAACGGAUCGAUGCCCAAAUGAAAGAGAAAAUAGAGGGAGAAUUCUGCGGGCUGUGAACUGGCGGAACUCGUUACUCGGUUCAGGUUUGUUUGGGAACUCGGGCUGCAGCUUCUUCACGAGCAAAGCAGAAACAGCAGCAGCAGAUGGACAGCAGAACCGGGUCGGUGUGAGGAAAACUCCCCCGAGAAAGAGAAAGAGCGAGAGGGAGAGAGAGAACCAGUGUCAAACUACACCAACCAACCAACCAACCAACCGAGCAGAGCUGAGGAACAUCUCACUGAAGUCUCGCAGAAAUGCAGGAAACCCCAGCAACCGACCUCUCCCCUUCGGUCCUGCAGUGUUCCUGUGGAUCGGUGGAUUUGGUGCUGAAGAAGAAAACCCCGACUCCUCCCAGAACAUGUCACACUCACUCAGUAGAGAAGUCCCGCCCACAGCCCAUAGCUGCACCCAGGAAGCCCACCUCACAGAAACCUCAAGUGCCCCCUAAGCCUGUGCACCUGCUAGCUUUGGGGCAGGACAAGCAGCCAGUGCGAAUCCCUCCAGCGCCGUGUCGCCCUCUCCCGACCCCUCCACCCAAACCCAAACUUCUGCCUCCACAGCACAACAAACAGUCAGCAAGGAGUGUGUGUCUGCUGAUUGAGAAGUUUGAGAACUCCAGGGUUCCGAUUUUAGGAGUCCAACCAAGAAGUCCCCUGCUGCUGUGCCUGAACAUGGAGGCUCCUCCCACCUCUGUGGGGGACUCCGCCCCCGAAAUCCAAAAACAGCACCGGUUUGACGAGCCAGGGUCCAACUCCUGCUCUGCGGAUAAACUUGCACUUAACUCUUCUCAGAGUUCAGAGGAAACUGCGUUAGACUGUUUACGAAUAGACUGUGCCAACGACGAACUCGACCACGGCAAGGAGCCGGACGUUAACCACAGCGACACAGAUGGUAACCACAGUGAUGUGGAGCACAUCCUCAGUGAACUGGAGCGUAACCAUAGUGACACAGAACAUGAUGGCGGGGCUUUAAUUGAGGCCCCCUGUGAAGCGCAGGAUAACGACGUGACUCCACGUGAAUCCAGCGGAAAAAUACCAAAUCGGGACAGCGGGAUCGAUAGCCCGUCUUGUGGAGGCGACGGAGAGGUGUUUCCAAACGAGGUCCCCAUCGAAGAGGAGGAGAGGAACGACAGCAUUGCUACAGAAACGGAGAGCGUGUCCUGUAUCACCACCGAAAAUAAGCGGGACUCGACGCAGGACGAAGACAGUGACUUGGACGAGGGAAGCAGUGAAGAACCAGAGAGUCUUGAAGGCAAAUCUGAGUCUCAGAAGCUGUUCAACAUUGCCCAGGAGCUGCUCCACACAGAGGAAGCUUACGUCAAAAGACUCAACCUUCUGGACCAGGUGUUCUGUACCAAGUUAACAGAAGCAAACAUUCCUGCUGAAGUGAUCACAGGCAUCUUCUCAAACAUCUCCUCCAUCUACUGCUUCCACCAUCAGUUUCUGCUGCCUGAGCUGCAGACUCGAAUUACAAAAGAGUGGAACACACAUCCGCGUAUAGGGGACAUUCUACAGAAGCUGGCUCCGUUUAUGAAGAUGUAUGGAGAGUAUGUGAAGAACUUUGAUCGUGCCAUGGAACUGGUCAGCACCUGGACACAGAGGUCAACCCAGUUCAAAAGUGUGGUCCAGAAUAUCCAGAAGCAAGAUGUGUGUGGUAACCUGACGUUGCAGCAUCACAUGCUGGAGCCGGUGCAGCGCAUCCCUCGAUACGAGCUCCUCCUCAAAGACUACCUGAAGAAACUUCCCAGUGAUGCAGCAGAUAGGAAGGAUGCAGAGAAAGCUCUGGAUUUGAUCUCCACAGCUGCUAACCACUCUAACGCUGCCAUCAGAAAGAUGGAGAAGAUGCACAAGUUGUUGGAAGUGCACGAGCGACUGGGUGGUGAGGAAGACAUUGUUAAUCCAGCUAAUGAACUCAUCAAAGAGGGCCAUAUAAAGAAGAUGUCUGCUAAGAAUGGAACCGCUCAGGACAGAUAUCUCUACCUGUUCAAUAACAUGUUGCUGUACUGUGUGCCGAAGUUGAGACUGAUGGGUCAGAAGUUUAGUGUGAGAGAAAGAAUUGAAAUAGCAGGGAUGGAGGUUCAGGAGAAUGUGAAGCAGAACCUUCCCUACACUUUUACCAUCAUCGGCAAGCAGCGCUCCCUCGAGCUACAGGCCAGAACUGCUGAAGAAAAAGAGGACUGGAUACAGGUGAUCUGGGCCACUAUAGAGAAGCAUAAACAGAACAGUGAGACGUUUAAUAAGGCCUUUAACAGCUCCUUGUCUCGUGAAGAUGAACACAUGAGCAUCCCAGACUCACCGGGUCCCUGGAAUAAUUCCUCUGUAGAUUCAGAUGGAGGGGUGCAUGAGAGGAGGAGUUCAAAGAAGCGAGAGAAAGAGAAGGAGACGUGUAAGGGCUGCAGUGAAACUUUCCAUUUCACCAAACGCAAGCACCACUGCAAGAACUGCGGAGCGGCUAUCUGUGGUAAAUGCUCGAAGGUAUUGGAGAGUAAGAACAGCCGCUUGUGUAAACAGUGUUAUGAAGCAACACCAGGGAGCAGCGCUGAACCAAAGAAAAGAACCGGGGUAGAGAAGCAGCUCUCGUUGACGGGUGACUGUUGUGUUUUGAGUAGUCAGCUUCUGGUUCAAGAGAAGGGGAAGCACUGGACUAAGACGUGGGUGGCGAUAACGAAAGCUGAGCCGCUAGUGCUCUACCUACAGACCAGCAGCCAGGAUGUGCGUGGAGCCCGGAGCAUCUCUCUACCCGGUUAUGAAGUCAGCGCGUCGCUGCCGCCCUCAGAGAAACCAGAAGGCAAGCACGUGUUCAGGCUCAGCAACUCCCAGCAUGCAUUGCUCUUCAGCGCUCAGGAUUCGGAAUUAAUGGCCAGAUGGUUGGAGCUUCUUUCCCACGCUACAAAAGGGGAGGUCUCGGAGAUGUCCGUCAGUUUGACAGACCACAGGAAGAGCCAAUGAGGCGAGCCGCUGAGAACAGCCGAGCCGCUUUGCCACUCCCACCGACCUUCGGCUUCUGAGCCACUUUUAUAAAGAACUUUAUUACUUGAAUUCGUGUUCCCUCAGCACUUUUUCUUCUUUUAAGAGUUAAGAUAUUUCAGUUCGUCACCUCUUUUACUUUCAAUUUUCAUAUAGGCACAAAACACACACACUCACACACACACACACACACACACACACACACAUCGUUCCACACCUAUGCCACUGUUGUUCCUGGUGAGCUUUCAUUCCCCUGAUGCACUGUUCUCUCCUUUUCCGUUGACGUUCUGUGUCCUUUUGUACCAUAAUAGAUGAAGUUGUGGAUUUUUAUGAAAUAUUAUAAGAUGAUAAGAUGGAUGUUUUAUGAUUUUUUUCACCCUCUUUUUUAUAGAUUUCCUGUAAAUGGUGUUAUUAUUUGUGAAGCAUUAAUUCACCCAUCACGUGUGUUGGAAAUACUGUAUAAGAUGCUCAUGUUUCAGAUGCUGAUUUGUUUUUUUCUUUGUUUUAUGGCAAGUUUUUGUUCCUUCUCCACCUGCUCAACUCGUUCUGCUUCUGCGGUUUUGUAGCAUCCUUUUGAAGCUCACUUACAAAAAGAGGAAACUCCUUUUUAGUCAGAAGAAAACAAACAAAUGUGGCAGUGCCACCCAGCAGCUCUAAAAGCAUCACUAUUAUCUGCUGUGUAUCUACUAGUACUGUUACCUGUAGAAACAGUACCGUACUAUAAGUACUGUAAGCUGUGCCUCUCGCCUCUUUAGGACUGUUUAAGACUGAUCUCUCUGUGCUCAGAAUAUCCCAUAUUUAUGACACGCCUUUAAAAAAGAAACAUUAGGUGAACAUAUCUUCUCAGUCAAUGUUGAUUAUUUUAAACCACAGUGGUGACAGAACCAGUAUUAAUUCUACUCUCUUUUGUUUUUUUGUUUUAAACCAUAAAUGUUCACAAAAAGGAAAGUGUCUACCAUAUCAUAAAUAAAAGAAUAUCUGCUCUUCA